CAGGACGAUUGCCAUGAGGACUAUAUAAUGAACAGCGUAGACCCCGAUCCAAAUGCAGAAGCUUAUAUGGACUUCAUGAAGAAACACUGUUGUUAUGAUGCAAUUCCCACCAGCUGCAAACUAGUCAUUUUUGACACCACACUGCAGGUAAAGAAGGCCUUCUUUGCUUUGGUUGCAAAUGGCCUGAGAGCGGCCCCUUUAUGGGACAACAAACUGCAGAGAUUUGUGGGUAUGCUGACAAUCACAGAUUUCAUCAAUAUUCUUCAUCGGUAUUACAGGUCACCCAUGGUGGGUUGCGAUCUCUGCCUCUUCUCUAAUGAUCACCUUGUGUUGUCCUUCGUGGUUUGAAUCAUAUUGAUUUUGCAUUGACUGUCCACAUAAUGCUGCAUGAGACAGAUAUUGUUUC